AUGCUCGACUCUUUUCGCAACUCCUUCUAUCACCUUUCCGACUACCUCCAAGCUUUCACAAGCUCCUCCACAUCUUCAUCCGUCGCUUUCUCGACGUCUUCUGGAUCCCAUUCAGGAUCCUCCUCGCUUCAUCCCGUCUUACUCUAUGCAGCCAUCCUCGCUGCAUCUCUCGGCUCGCUCGGCGUUCUCAAAGCUGCCCGAAAAGAUUACAACCGCACCUUCAAGAUCGACAACGGUACAACGAUCAUCACUUCGCCUCGCCAGUUCACCGCUCCCACCAACUACACUCUGCCCCAGUUCCUCUUCAAGCCCAUCGAUAACCCGGCAUGCAAGAAGCGAGCUAACGCACCUCUCCUCUACCCCGCUGAUCCUGAGGUUUCUGGCCGCCCUGAUGCCAAGCCCCUCUCUCUUGUCGACGCUCGCGAAUAUGCCACCAACCUUGCUUCGGCACUCAUCUCGGGUUCCACCGAAUCCGGUCGCAAGUAUGGCAAGGGCGAUGUCGUCGGUAUCAACGCUGCCAACCAGCACGACUACCUCGCCUGCGCUCUCGGUAUCAUGAUGACCGGUGCCAGUGUCGCUCUCUUCAAUCCCGCUUACAAGCCAGACGAGAUUGCUCACCAGAUCCGAAUGGUCAAGGCCACUGCUGUCAUCACCACCCAGGCAUCUUACCAGUCCACCCAAGAGGCCGCUCGUCAGGCUGCCAUGAAGGGCGAGGACGGUCUUGAGCACCUCACCUCCGUUCCUGAGAUCCUCGUCUUCGAAGAGUCCCACACGUCUUCCAUCGCCAAGAUCCUCAAGGUCGGUAAGGAUGAGUUGCCAGAGACCCGCGCAUUGCUGGACAAUGUCGAGGUCGACCCAAAGACCACCACCGCCGUCUUCUGCUUCUCUUCCGGUACUACCGGUGGUCCCAAGGCUGUCAUGCUUUCGCACUAUGCUAUGGUUGCCAACGUCAUCCAGGCUUCUUACUCCAUGCUUGACCGUACUAACGACCCUCUCCUUGACGAGGGCAACUGGUACGCUGACGGUCGCGAGCACCUCCGUGGCUACUUUACCACCCGCCUCGCCGAGACUUGGAACACUGCUGCCGACACCAUCAACACUGUCACCGACAAACUUGGUGGUCUUCAGCUCGCUCCUCGUCUCAGUCGCGGCGAGUUCCACCUUGACUUGUUGCCUCUCUUCCACUGCUACGGUCUCUUGAUGGGUUUCAUGGGUCUCCACACGUGCACUCCCCGCAUCGUGCUUCCACGAUUGCAGCUUGACGUCUUCCUCUCCACUGUUCAGAACUACCGAGUCACAUUCUGCUUCGUCGUUCCUCCCAUCCUCCUCGCUCUCGCCAAACACCCCAGCGUUGAGAAGUACGAUCUUCGCUCGUUGACCAAGGUCAGCUCCGGUGCCGCUUCCUUACCACUCGAGCUACGAGAUGCUGUCAAGAAGCGUCUCGGCAUCCUCUCCACCGACGGCUACGGUAUGUCCGAGAUGUCUCCCCUUGUCUGCAGUCAAAACAACAAGGAUCUUAAACACUACCCCGGCACUGUCGGUCGGCUUGUCCCCGGCACCGAAGCCAAAGUCAUCGGUCUGGACGGGAAAGAAGUCGGCUUUGACGAGGAAGGUGAACUCUGCCUCCGCGGCCCCCAAAUGAUGCAAGGCUACCUCAACAACGACGAAGCCAACGCCAAGACCUUCAUCCCCUCCGUCGACGCUCCUGACCGCUUCCUUCGCACCGGUGAUAUUGUCAAAAUCAACAAGGAAGGCUACGUCACCAUCACCGACCGUCUCAAGGACGUAAUCAAGCACAACGGUUUCCAAGUGCCUCCCUCGGAACUCGAAGCUCUCUUGUUCAAAGAAGACCGUGUUGGCGACUGUGCCGUUCUCGGCGUCCCUGACGCAGAAGGCACAGAACUUCCAUGGGCAUUCGUCGUCCUCAACCCCAAAACCAAAGAGCAAGUUGGUGAUGACGCUGAAAAGAAGAAGCAACUCCAAAAGGAGCUUCUUGCUUUCGUCAACGGUCGUGUCAACGCUAGCUACAAGAAGCUUCAUGGAUUGACAUGGCUCGAUGCCCUCCCCAAGUCUGCAUCGGGUAAGAUCCUUAAGAAGGACAUCCGAGCUAUGGUCGAACAGGAAAAGCUUUCUGCUCGCAAGUAA